CCUUCCUUGUCUUUCUUCAGGAGAAUGAUGACUGGCUUCUGGUGGGCGGCUGUGUUUAUUGAAGUGUUGGCCAUCCAGAUUUUGGCCCAAGGAGAAGGCUUGGCUUCUCCAGACACAGUAGGUUCUAACAUUCCUCAAGUGACAACUGCAGAGCUGGGAUUCUUCAAUAGGAUAUUUCAUGCUGCAAAGGGUCUGGUGUGGAGCAGCGAUGCCAAUGCCACAGAGCCCACGGCAACCACUUUGCCAACGCUUCCUCGCUCCACGGCAGCCAGCGCAGAGCCCCGCGUCCAGCUUCUGCAAGCUGCUCAGGCCAGUGAUGCAAAGAUUAAUUUCUCUCUGAGAGUGUUGAAUGAAGACUUCAUUGUUGCGGCUGAACCUGGGGAGUACGUUGAAGGUGCUUUGAUCCAUCUUGAGGCCAGAGUCCAGGCGAGUCCAGGCCUGUCCCCCAAGCUCUUUGUUGAUGAGUGCUACGGCGCGGAUGCCCGACCCCACGGCCAUUUCAGGAGGGUCUACAUAUUUGCAGAUAAACACGGGUGCCUUUACGGUGAUGGCCCCAAAGUCAGGUGGCUCCGUAGAGAAGACUCUGCAAUGGUGUUCACAAUACCUGCCUUCUUGCUAACCGGCGACUCGGAGGAGAUCUAUAUUCAUUGCCUCCUGUCAGCAUGGAGCAAAGAGACCUCCUCAAGCUUUGGCAAGAAAGCUUGUUACUUUGACAGCUUCUCUUCCAGCUGGAAGAACAUAGAUGAACCAUCCAAGAAUUAUGUCUGCAAGUGUUGCAACAGCUACUGCCCUUUGGAGCCCCCCACUCCUGGAAGCGAGAAAGCAUUUUGGGGUGAAGGAAAGCUCCACAGGAGAGUGGUUGGCCCCUUGAGAGUGCACAAGGAAGAUGUACCUUGGUUUGAAGGGCGAUGCCACACCAUGAAGACGUUCCUGUUGGUGAGCAUCUCCUUUGGGGGCAGCUGUGUGCUGGCGGCCCUCUUCAGCGGGGCUACGAUAGCGCUAGGCCUGGCCGUUCUCCGCUACUCCCGCACCAGCAAAGGCCACAAACCCCUGAAGAACCGCAAGGAGCAGCCGUUCCAGACCGAGCUCCAGCUGGUCCUUGGGGACCUGGCUGUCGACGAAGAGGUGGAGAAGGAAUCGAACAUUGACUACUGCAAGAUCAAGAGUGACACGCCAGAGAAGGCCUAACUCUCUAACCCUUUAAAGCAAAAAUAAAAUGUGUGUUGAAAGCUUUUCUUUUAUCACUGUGUA